AUGUCGAUCGAAGAACAUAUCGAACGUCAAAACGACUACAUUUGGCGCAUCUCUCGUGCCGUCGACAACCUGCGCAAGUUCGGCGAGACAAAAAUCACUUACGAGCAGGUGAAGUCGCGGCUUAAUGCUUCAAAUUCAAGUUGGAAUAAGUUCCAAGACAAUCACGAAAAGAUCAGCGAGAUCAAGUCCGCAGCAAAAGGUGAUCAAGUCGACGCGAGCAAAAAGCUUUCGUACUUCGCGAAAGAUUAUUACGGACUGUGCGAAGAGCAUUUCUUGAGUGGCGAAGGAGUAAUGCUUGAUCUUCACGAAUCACUAAAGCCUGCGCCCACAGCAACCGCGCAAGCCGCUGCAGCUCCUCAAGACGCACCUGCAGGAGGAUCGUUGAAACGGUUACCACGUAUCGACCUGCCCACUUUCGCGGGCAGCUACUCAGAAUGGAAGCCGUUUCACGACCUCUUCUCGUCAAUGGUUCGCGAAAAUUCGCAACUCUCGGAAGUGGAAAAACUGCACUACCUCAAAACCAGUGUGACUGGUGAACCGUCAAAACUCAUUAGAAACAUCGCUCUUACCGCUGAAAACUUCCCUCGAGCCUGGGAAGCUCUCGUCUCACGAUACGUAAAUAAACGACUUCUGACUGAUUCUCAUCUCGCAACACUUUUCGCAAUUCCUCGUGUCACAAGAAAAUCAUCAUCGGAACUGAAGAGCUUGUACAGCAACACUUGUGAAGCUCUUGGCGCGCUCGAACUUCUCGAUAGGCCCGAGAAAUUAGGGGACCACAUCAUCGUGCACAUGACGAUUUGCAAGCUCGACUCAGCAUCUCUCAAAGAGUGGGAAAAAAGUGCUAGCGAGAAACUCGAGCCCCCCUCGUUUGCGGAGCUCAAGGCGUUUCUCAUCGGUCGCAUUCACACCAUCGAAGCCGUGAAGCAAGCUCAAGCUCACAAUCAAAUCGCGACGUCGAAACCGCACUCAUCGCAAGGAAGGUCAAAUCCUCAGACAAUAAGUUCACAUACGGCGCAAUCAAAGGGACAGUCGUGUGCUUGUUGCAAAGGUAACCACUACAUCGCGUUUUGUUCGACCUUUCGCGACAAAUCUCUCGAUCAAAGAAGGGAAGUGGUUUCUGCAAAAAAGCUUUGCUUCAAUUGUCUCGGUCCAGAUCAGCAGAAGGACUGUCGAUCUAACAAAACGUGUCGCAUGUGCAACGGUCGACAUCAUUCCUUGCUGCAUCGAAACUCUUCCUCAAUCUCGACAGCUGCCAACAGCGGCACAUCUCAAGGACAGGCUGUCGUAGCGCAACCUGCAGUGCAGAACGUACGAAUCUCGAAUAGCGCCAGCCUACAAUGA